AUCAAAUCAUUGAUUCUGAUUUAAUAAAAAGUAUACAGUUAAAUAUUAUAUAUCAUUUUUACUAUAAUUCUAAUUGAUUUAAGUUGAUUAAUACAACAAAAUUAGAAUGUGUUCUGUACGAUAACUAUCUUGCGAAAAAAAAAAUUAACCAACCAUGCGAUUUGGAUUAGUGAUGGUUCUAAUACUUUUCGGAUUCAUUUUGGCGGUGAAUGGCUUGAAAUUUCUAAGUUAUAAUACUCCGAAUGAUAAAAAACUACCGAGAGAUAGAGAAAUACGUGGUUAUAGACCACCCCAAAUUUCUACUUCCAUUGGAGUAGGAUAUGGUAAAAGAGAUGGAUCUACGGAAAUUUCUAAUUUUAAUAAACGAGAAAGAGUACUCAUGUUACUUCUUCGUUAUUUUCCACAAGGAUUUACUCCUGAAUUAAUAUUACGAGAGAUGAAAGCAAAUCCUGUUUUUGCUGGAAAAUUAACAGAAAUGAUAAUCAACGACGAAAAUGGUCAAACGCGAAUUGGAGAACAAUUACAACCAAAAGGAACCAUAUUCGUAUUUUAAACUCUAUAUUGACGAACAUCUAACUAAAAUAUACAAAUUUUUGGCGAUACAUUUCAAUUCAAUAUCUUAAA